AUGACUAAGAUUGCUAUGUACAAAGCUUUUUGCAUUACUGCACUGGUUUACGGUAGUGGGUCCUGGACUCUUUAUCUACAGGCGUCGGUUAUCCGUCAUGCGGCAACAUCAAGAGAAUUGAAACCAACUGGUCCUCGAUGCUCCCAUUGUGCUAAACUAUACACAUCAGAUUUUAGACUUAGAAUUUUGGAAUUAUGCACGGAGCACAUAAAAGCAGAUAAGCAGGUACACGCUGAUGUUUACACAGCACAAACUGGCGACAAUGUAAUUAAAGAUGAUCUGGUUUUAACGCUGAUUCAAAAGAAAUUGAAAAGUAACGCCGUCUUGCACAGAGGCUAUGUGUUGUCAGAAGUACCCUCGUUAAGCACCAGUACCAUGACCUUUCAGCAUCAGAUGGACCUCAUCUACAAUCUUUACCCUCAACCAGAUUUUGUCAUUUUGUUGGAAAUGGAUUCUGAAGAUGUGCUGGUUGAAAAGACAUCACUAAAAUUUGAUCCGCUAACCGGCUCUGUUUAUAGAAAACAGGAUUAUGAUGAGAAUUUCGAAAAAGAGCGUCAAGAACAUCUGAAUAAAGCAUUGAAACAGGUAAAAAUACAACCAGAAAUGACAAAACAAGAAUUUGAACUUAUUCAAAAAAAGUUAGAAAUGGAAAAAAUGCGAAAAUUAAACAAAAUUGGAGGUGACGAUGAUGAUGACGAAAAAAAUGUGGAUGACGAAGACGAGAAAGCAGUACAGUCAAAAGAAAAUGUUGAAGAUAGUGAAAAGGUAGAAGAAGAAGAUGAACAAAAUGAAGAAGAAGAAGAUGAGGAUGAUGAAGAAGAAUCAUCUGAUGAGGACGAAGAAGCCAAAUUAGCCAGAAAAGCAAGGAUAAGUAAACGACAAUUAGAUAAACAGUUAAAAGCUUUCUAUCAGCGACUUACAACCGGCUUAUCACCCGCAAUUCUGAACCGAUUAGUCAAGCUGCCUCAAAAUUUCCCAGAGAAACGAUCUGAAAUAUUGAAUUUGUAUGAUAAAGAAUUAACUCCUCAUUUAAAUUUUUUAAAUAUGCAAAGUUUGUUAAAGUUAAAGUUUGUGCUAGAUAAGAUUAAGAUCCUCUGUUUCAAAACGUGCAAUAAGAUUUACCUAUCGAAGAUCAACAAACAGCACUUGUUCAAACUCAAUGCACUCAAAAGUACCAGUGUCUUAAUAAAAGAGGUGUUAGAGCGGUUGAAGUGUUUCCACGCUCGGCCUGUGUGUCUCGUACAACCUUUUACGUAUCCUCUCGAUAAGAUUUUGUUGAAGGAAGCACAAGAACGUGAUGUGAAACCGGAUUACGAAGAAGUAAAGGAGAAAUAUCGAGUUGAUGAUGAUCUGGAACGAGAGAGUUUAUCUGAAGAAUUUAAUAGAAAUGUAGAGGAGGAAGCGGAUGACAAAGUUCGGCCUGAAAAAACUGAAACUGAGAACAUUGAAACGCCAAAUCAACAGUUUUUGUCAAGAACUAAUUCGGUUGUUGCUGCUGGGUCGGAAGAAUUAAUAUCCGAAAAAGAAGGAUCGACAGAAAAACAGGCGGACGAGAACUUGAACACCACCGCCCAGAAAGCUGAAACAUCUCCGAUACAUAAAACAACGUCCCCUUAUGACAGCAGCAGCUCCGAGGAUUUGGAAUUAGCAAAUGAACAAAAGAGCCAGUUAAAUGAGGAAGAUUUGUUCGAUGAGCUUCCUUUAACAAAUCUGUUAGCCAAAGGUGGAGGGUGGAGGUGGCGCAGAAGCAAAUGGAGGCAUUAUUGUCCUGUGGCUCUUUUGAAAGGGGAACUUAUUCCUGGGAAAAUAGAUUAUGCCGUCAGGUCUGAUUAUUUAUAG